CAAGUGCGAAAGAUUUAGUUUCAACCUUACUCAAUGACGUAUGCCGGUAUAACGUGCGACGUGAUCCUAUUUCGAUCACGCCGAUCGCCACCGAUCGCGGUAACGCGAACGGACCGAAGUGGGGCACGAUCCGCUACGAAUAGGUUGCGGUGUCGCCGCAGAGGGGCGGGAGGUUGAACGGAGGCGCUCACUCACGUGUCUCAGAACGUGCGGCCGGCGCGGAUCGGCGACGGCGCGACGGCGACGGCCCGCGACUCAAUCGCGAGAAAAUUGCCAACGUCGGGCAGUGCAUUCUAUCGCACGCGUAAGAGAUCAUCAUCGAACAUUGUACUAACACCGUCGAUCUUCCAUCGUUAAUCUCGAGCGUAGAGUGAAGUGAGAGAUGAACCGCGAACUCGACGCGAGCGCGUCGCGCGCGUGAGGGACGUUUUUUCGGAGAAAGAAUUAAUAUACGUUUUUUUUUUUUUUCCAAAGAGAACUAUUUUAUUCGAAAAAUAGAGAGGGAGAUUGCACAAUGGAGGAAGUAUCCGUGGAGAACGCCAAGGUGUCGGACUCCGGAUACUCCAAUACUUGCAGCAACAGUCAAUCGCAACGAAGCAGCGGCUCCGAAAGCAGUGGCUAUUGCGAUAGGAAUCCGUCAACUUUGGGGUCCAGCAAUGAGACGCUCCCGCAGCCGAUCAGCAAGAGAAAGGACAAGGAGUACAAGAAGAAGAAGUCGAAAACAGUAUCGGCGCUUAACGCCUCCGAGACGAAAGUCGGCGCUUUGAAGACGUCGAACGCGUUGCCGGAGGUCGCGUCUUACAACACCAUCACCCCCACAAACACCGGCGUGCUUGACAAGAAACCAGAAGAGGUAGCCGUGGAAUUAGUGGAUGCAACAGAUCCUGGCGAACACAACAGUGAUAUAGUCGCAGAUCUGGAAGCAACAGGGCUUGCUUCGCGGACGACCUCUCUGGACGAUUCUACGUCUCAGGCCAACGAGGGAUUUUGUGCGGUGAUUUCAAUGCACGACGGCCUCGUGUUGUACACAACCCCGUCGAUAGUCACUGCCCUCGGCUAUCUCAAGGAUGCCUGGAUUGGCCGAUCCUUCAUCGAUUACGUACAUCCGAAGGAUAAGAAUACCCUGGCCGAUCAGAUCAAUGCCAUCGCUUCGCCACAGGAAGAACGGUCUAAAGGCAUCAAUGAUAGAAGGGCGAGCUUGUUCUGCGGCUUGCGAAGGUUCACCAGAUGCAACGUGCCAAACGGACAUUGCGCGGACGUUAGAUCGAACUUGUACUUGACAUUUCAUCUGACCCUAUCGUUCCGUGAUUUCCGGGACCGGACGGCCGAACAAAAGCCCAGCAACCGAGCUAUGUUUCUCGUAGUUACCGCACAACCCGUCCAUUCCGCAUACAAAGCGCCAGAAGAAACAAUAAUAUCUUCGAUAUUCACGACCUGCCACACCGCGACAUGCUAUUUAUCUCAUGUCGAUCCCGACGUAGUCCAAUACUUCGGCUACCUACCACAGGAUAUGAUUGGCCGUUCGCUGUUUGACUUCUACCAUCCCGAGGAUCUACCCUUCAUCAAAGACAUCUAUGAGACUGUGAUCAGGCUCGAAGGCUCUUCCUUCAGGUCGAAGCCGUACAGAUUCGCCGUGCAGAACGGAGGCUGCGUCGUCCUCGAGACCGAAUGGUCAUCCUUUAUCAAUCCCUGGACGAAAAAACUAGAGUUUGUCGUAGGUCAGCACCGGGUGCUCAAAGGGCCGGUGAAACCAGACAUCUUCCGCGUGCCGUCCGACACCGGUUGCAGCUAUCUGGCCAGUAUAAGUGAGGAGGUGCUGAAGGAGGCUAAGAUCAUUCAGGGCGAGAUACGAGCGCUCCUCGACGAGAGCGUCCAGCGAAUGUCAGAUAUAACUGAGCUCGACGUAUCAAAACGAUGUAAGGAUCUAGCGUCUUUUAUGGAAAAUCUGCUCCAGGAAACGAAGGCGCUUGGCGUCAGGAAGGAUGGACUUCUCACGGCGGACGAACUUAGGAGUUUUUCGGGAUCACGCAAUCCCUUGUUGCAGGAGCAUGAUAGCGUGAUGCUCGGUGAGAUCUCGCCCCAUCACGAGUACUACGACAGCAAGUCCUCCACGGAGACGCCACCGAGUUACAAUCAGCUUAAUUAUAACGAGAACAUCGAGCGUUUCUUCAAGAGCAAACCGCUCGUCACCACCAUAUACGGCAGCGACGAGGAGAAUGUCAAUUCCAGCAAUGACGAAGGGGCGAGGAAGUACAUGUCGCUGAUAAACGGCAGCGGUGCGAGCGGCAGCGGUAGCGCCGAGAAUUUGAGCAGCGGUUCCAACAAUCAGACGAGCUCGGCCAGUCGAGGUGACACCUUUAACAUCACAAGCAAUAGCAACGCGACGGAGAGUUUCAAACUACCCACGUUGACUGAGUCACUGCUGAAUCGCCACAACGAGAACAUGGAGAAGCUAAUGAUGCAGAAACAUCGAGAGCUGCGUUCCAGCAUCAAGAACAGUGACAAGCUGAAGGACUCCCGCAUCAAGACCGAGAAGGGCAACGCGACCGACCAGAGCACCCAUUACGUGAAUCAGAGUCACGGGAUCAAGAGGAGCUGCAGUCAUAGUUGGGAGGGUGAUAGCUAUAAGAUAUCAAAACACGAUAAAAUCUCGAGGACGAGCACGGCAGGUCCGGCGAACCUGACGACCACCGUCACCAGUAUGAGUCUUGAUCAGUCGACUGUGGUGCAAACGGGGACGAAUAUUAACCUGUGGCCACCGCUGUCAGUUACCGUGCCCCCCUCCUCCGCAUCUGCUCAACCUUGCAGUUCCUUCCACAACACCAAUUCGGAGACGACACCGAGAUUUUCCUUAUUUUCACCGGUGAUACCGGUAUAUUACGUGCCGAUGUCGCAACCCAGCGAAUCCACGGCGCCGAUGUCAUCACCCCAGAAGAAACUCGAUCCACCCUGGUCGAUGCAAUCGAUGCAGCAUCCUUACAUGUCCUAUGUUACAACAUCGAUGACCGGGAUGAUUUAUCCAGCCAUGAUCGGCGCGCCGCCGCCGUGCGCGAUGAUGUAUCAGCCGUUUUUGAUACCGGAGCAAGCGCCGGCGCGCGAAACCAACCAACAACCGUCCAACAAGUGUCCGGAUCAUAAACGACCGGAUAGUCAAGCAACGAGUGUCAAGGCCGAACCGGGGAGUAUAAUGGCCAUGUCCGAGUUCUCCAAGAAGAUCCUGUCGCCGGGCGGGCUGUUCUCGUCGUGCGUGAGCAAUGACGGCGGCUGUUCAAGCGUGGCGGAUCUCGUGACGCCGAUGAGCAUGAAGGAGCAUCGUCGGACGACCGAUUACAAGGAGGACGAGUCGAGUUUAUCCAGCUUCUACAGCAGCUUCUUGUACAAGAGCAGCGACAGCAGCUGCAAUCCAGACCAGAAGACGUGCGAGGUCUCCUCCGAGGAACACACCAAGUGUCAUCAAGGAAUGCGAAAAAAGGAGCCGCCCUGGUUGGAGGGCGUUCAAUUGACGCCGGAAUUGAUCUACAAAUACCAGAUGCAUCCGAAGACGUUGAACGAUGUGCUGAAGGUCGACAUGGAUGCGAUGAAGAAGUUCAAUCAACCGUUUCUGGUGAACGAUCAGCUGGGACAACUUUAUCUGGAUCUGGAGCUGGAGGGCUUUGGUACGGAACUCGUUCUCGAGGAUGGGAUCACGUCGAACGGAAGCGACAGCGGCAGCAGCAACGGCAAUUGGACCGAGUCGCAGCGCAAGCAGAGAAAAAUGGUGAAGUACGGCAAACUGGUAAUGAUCCAUGAAGAGAAUGCGCCUCUACCGCCUCCAUUAGCAUCUUAAGAUUAUAUCUUGCCAACAUUCGUAGGAAAUGCAGUCGGGCAGACCUAAAAUAUCCUUGAGCUUAAAGUGACGUUCGUUUCGUCAUGCUUGCAUUUCUUUCAAAUAGGUACAAUCUUCAGAUUAUAUUCUCGUACUCUCUUUCUCUUCCACUUAGAUAUACAUUUGGUUUUUAAGAGUUAUCGAACAAUUUAACUUUCGUCUCGAGUAAUUUUUAAUUUAAUAUAUAAUAAUUACAUAUAUAAUAUAAGAAUAUAUACAAUUUAAUAUAUAUUUUUAAUAUGUAAAGAACAAUAAUUCUCUCAUUGCGCUGUUAUGUAUGUUUUCGAUUACUUGUUUAUACUCGAGAUAAAAAAAUUAAAAUUUACUCUUGAAAUUUUAAGAUUAAACUAAUUUUUAGUCGUGUUAAAAUAUUUGAAGGUGUAAUGUUUUUUUUGUAACUAUAAGUACUCUAUUCUAUUUUCCAACACCUCGUUAAACUCAUCGAUCAGAUAUUGAUGAAGGUUAAAUUCUUUCUUUGAUACGUAAUAUUUAUCGGCAAAUUUUAAUCGAAUGACAGAGAAUGAAUAUAAUUUUUUGAGAGUCAAUUGAACAAUUCUAAUGGAGAAACGACAAAUAUGGAUCGAUGUGUACAUAAACACAUACAGACAUACACACACACAUACACACACACACACACACACACAC